GAAGAUAUCUGCUCCCCCUUCCCCCACAUCCUGACCUUUUAAAAGGCCCUCUCAGGUGUGGGGUCCCUGUCAGAGACCAGGAGAAAAGUAUAAGAGAGACACAGAAUGGAUCAGGAAGAAGAGAAGGAAGAGGGAGCCUCGGACCUUCUAGUCAAGGUUCACCGGACCAAGAAGGCUUCUUCAACCUGCUGAGCCACGUGCAAGGCGAUCGGAUGGAGGAGCAGCGCUGUUCCUUGCAGGCUGGGCCAGGCCAAACCCCAGAAAGCCCAGAGGGUGGCCCUGCUCCAGAGAUGGACAAUCUCAUGGAUAUGCUGGCCAACACCCAGGGCCGCCGCAUGGAUGACCAGCGUGUAACAGUUAAUUCCCUACCUGGCUUCCAACCUCUCGGUCCCAAGGAUGGGAUGCAGAAACGACCUGGGACCCUCAGCCCUCAACCCCUGCUCAGCCCUCAGGAUCCUGCUGCACUCAGCUUCCGCAGGAACAGCAGCCCCCAGCCCCAGACACAAGCUCCUUGAGAGUUCUAGCAACCCUGGGCCUCCCACCGGCCCCUGAAAACAAUAAAACACUUGGCACUAACAACAAA